UGAUCUUAUCUCCACUAUAUUUAGGAAGCAGUCAUGUUUCAUGAGUCCUCAAAACUGUGAGACAAGAGAAUGUAGUAGAAUAAGGCCAGACGUCCUUACUGGCUCAAAGAACUCCAGGGAAACUGGGAUAGAACAUUUUACAUUAUAAGUAGAACCCCGGGAGCCAGAGGUGAAACACACGUUUAUCUGCAGAACUACGCUGCAGAGCUGAGCUGGGUCUGGAAGAAAUGGAUGAGAGCCACUGGAUGAAAUUCACUAAUACUAGACACCUGAGUCCUCUAAGAUUUGUGAAUGAACUUUGCUAAGUAUGGAUUCAGGUGGUGGAAGUCUUGGAUUGCACACAUCAGACUCUAGAAUGGCACAUACCAUGAUUAUGCAGGAUUUUGUGGCUGGAAUGGCUGGUACUGCACAUAUCGAUGGAGACCAUAUUGUUGUUUCAGUUCCUGAGGCUGUAUUAGUUUCUGAUGUUGUCACAGAUGAUGGGAUAACUCUUGAUCAUGGCCUCGCAGCUGAAGUUGUCCAUGGGCCUGAUAUCAUCACCGAGACUGAUGUAGUAACAGAAGGUGUAAUUGUUCCUGAAGCCGUACUUGAGGCUGAUGUUGCUAUUGAAGAAGAUUUAGAGGAAGAUGAUGGUGAUCACAUCUUGACGUCUGAGCUAAUUACGGAAACUGUUAGAGUACCUGAGCAGGUUUUUGUGGCUGACCUUGUCACUGGUCCUGAUGGACACUUAGAACAUGUGGUCCAAGAUUGUGUUUCAGGAGUUGACUCUCCCACAAUGGUAUCAGAGGAGGUUCUUGUAACUAAUUCAGAUACAGAAACUGUGAUUCAAGCAGCUGGCGGUGUUCCUGGUUCUACAGUUACUAUUAAAACUGAAGAUGAUGAUGAUGAUGAUGAUGAUGAUGAUGAUGAUGUCAAGAGCACUUCUGAAGACUACUUAAUGAUAUCUUUGGAUGAUGUUGGGGAAAAAUUAGAGCAUAUGGGGAACACACCAUUAAAAAUCAGCAGUGAUGGUUCACAAGAAGAUGUUAAAGAAGAUGGAUUUGGUUCAGAAGUAAUAAAAGUGUAUAUAUUUAAAGCUGAGGCUGAAGAUGACGUUGAAAUAGGUGGAACGGAAAUUGUCACAGAGAGUGAGUACACCAAUGGGCAUUCUGUAGCUGGAGUGCUUGACCAGAGCCGAAUGCAGCGGGAGAAGAUGGUUUACAUGGCAGUUAAAGAUUCUUCUCAAGAAGAAGAUGAUAUCAGUUGCGCUGAAAUAGCAGAUGAAGUUUACAUGGAAGUCAUUGUAGGGGAAGAGGAAGGAACUUCUCUCCCUGAGACUCAGCUUGAGGACUCUGAUGUUAAUAAAACAAUUGUCCCUGUUGUCUGGGCUGCGACAUAUGGAGAUGAAAGAAGAGUUUCUCGAAGGUAUGAAGAUUGUCAGUCAUCAGGAAAUACUUUGGACUCAACAUUAGAAAACAGAAGUAGUACAGCAGCACAAUACCUUCAAAUUUGUGAUAGCAUUAAUACAAACAAAGUACUUAAACAAAAAACUAAGAAGAGGAGAAGGGGAGAAACGAGGCAGUGGCAAACAGCUGUUAUAAUAGGCCCUGAUGGACAGCCCCUGACAGUAUACCCUUGCCAUAUUUGCACAAAAAAGUUUAAAUCCAGGGGAUUCUUGAAAAGACACAUGAAGAAUCAUCCUGAUCAUUUGAUGAGAAAAAAAUAUCAGUGUACAGAUUGUGACUUUACAACUAACAAGAAAGUGAGUUUCCAUAACCACUUAGAAAGCCAUAAGCUUAUAAACAAAGUUGACAAAACCCAUGAAUUUACGGAAUACACACGAAGAUACAGAGAGGCUAGUCCAUUGAGUUCAAAUAAACUUAUAUUAAGAGACAAGGAGCCGAAGAUGCACAAGUGCAAAUACUGCGACUAUGAAACUGCAGAACAAGGACUGUUAAACCGACAUUUACUGGCUGUUCACAGCAAGAAUUUUCCUCAUGUUUGUGUUGAGUGUGGGAAGGGCUUUCGACAUCCUUCUGAACUCAAGAAGCAUAUGAGAACCCAUACUGGUGAGAAGCCAUAUCAAUGUCAGUAUUGUGUCUUCAGGUGUGCAGAUCAAUCAAAUUUGAAAACUCACAUUAAGUCUAAGCAUGGUAACAAUUUGCCAUAUAAAUGUGAGCAUUGUCCCCAAGCAUUUGGUGAUGAGAGGGAACUUCAACGCCAUCUGGAUUUGUUUCAAGGACAUAAGACACACCAGUGUCCUCAUUGUGACCAUAAGAGCACCAACUCAAGUGACCUUAAGCGGCACAUCAUAUCUGUCCACACUAAGGAUUUUCCUCACAAAUGUGAGGUCUGUGAUAAAGGUUUCCAUCGUCCUUCUGAGCUCAAAAAGCAUAGUGAUAUCCAUAAGGGUAGGAAGAUUCAUCAGUGUAGGCACUGUGACUUUAAAACAUCAGAUCCAUUUAUUCUUAGUGGUCAUAUCCUUUCAGUUCAUACUAAGGAUCAGUCAUUGAAGUGUAAAAGGUGCAAAAGAGGGUUCAGACAACAAAAUGAGCUCAAAAAGCAUAUGAAGACUCACACUGGAAGGAAGAUUUACCAAUGUGAGUAUUGUGAAUACAGCACUACAGAUGCAUCUGGCUUUAAACGACAUGUGAUAUCAAUACAUACAAAAGACUAUCCACACAGGUGUGAAUUCUGCAAGAAGGGAUUCCGAAGACCAUCAGAAAAAAAUCAGCAUAUUAUGAGGCACCACAAGGAGGCUCUUAUGUAAUAAGAUCAAUAUAAAGAAAGAAGCUAUUUAGAAAAUAUGACAUGUUACAUGGGAAGAUAAUUUCAUGAACUGUUUCACCUGGUUACAAAGCUUGAUAUUAAAUCAUAAAUUUACAUUCUUUUUAUUAAAGAUCUUAAGAUAUUUGAAUUGAGAGGGGAUCUCAUAGCCCUUUGAAAUUAGUUAAAGAAUUUAAGGAGCACCAUAGAAUGGUUGCAGAAAACCUUAUUGUCUAUUUAAUAGUAUUAUAAGCAUAAUUCAGCUACAGAGGGGAAGAGCAAAGACAACCACUUUAUUUGGCUGAUCAUACUAGAGACAGAUGUUUCUGAAAAGAUCAUAUCUAAUUGAGGAGUUUAGCAAUGCUUUGCUAUCACAAGCAAGUGUCACUUUUAUGCAGUUUUAGAAAUGAAGUGGGGAAAUAAAAUGCAGUCAUCCAUUAGUCACUUAGUCAUUGAGCCUUUAUAUGGUACCUGGAAAUUGAAUUCCAGAAAUGGCAAAAGUUUUGUGUAUUCAUCAAAAGAAAUUUCACUGGAAAACAGGUUAGAUUAAUUCAAUACUAUUUAAAAGAAUUUCAGAGCUGCUAAGAUUUUAUCACAGGAUAGGAUGUUUAAAAUAUAGCAUUCUGUACUGAAGUCUAAAGAUUAAAGUUCCCCUUUUUCUGAUGUUCAAGUUGAUUGUUGUUCAGUGUGGCAUACAUGACAGAAGUAUAUUUGAGUCAAAUGUGGCUUUCUAAAGUGGAUGCAACAGUAAUGUUGCAAAGUUAGCACUAUAUUUCUUAAUGAUCUAAAGAUUAAAUUGAGAGAACACAGUUUUCUUAAAUAUUAUGUUUAGAGGUUUUUUUAGGACAGUCAUAGCAAGUAUGAUUGUUCUAGUCUUACUUGCUCUAAUGUUUAAAGGUGCAAUUUUACGCCAUUAUUGAAAAUUUUGAUUUUUAAAAUCUAUAUACCAUAUUAUUAACAUGCAUUUUCAAUAUGAGGCAGUAUUUAUGCGGUAUUUAACAAAACACUAUGCUGCCAAUAGAGCUUGGAGGUGGAUAUUCAGUUUACAGUGUAUAAAUUUAAAAUAUGCAUCCCUUUAACAAUGCUUUAUGUUAGCAUGCUGCAAAUCAACAUGGCGCUUAAUAUAAAAAGCAGGUUUAGGGAAACUUAAUGAAAAUCCUGUUCAUAAAUGUAAUGCAUAUGAUGUGUACUUUUAAGUUUUAGUUGCUUCAUGUUUACACUCAGCUGUUAAACAUAAUUAAAAUGUAAUUUUACUUCAUGCUAUAUUGUGGCUUUGUGUUUUAAAUAAUG